AUUAUCUCAUUAUCUAUCUAUGACAUCCUCUGGAACCCCUCACUUUUUUGUUAUUGUUUUACAUAUUUGUUGAUUUCAAGCACUAGAUGUUGGUUUAUGAUAUCUCCAAAUAUAUUCAUUUUAUUCUUGCAAGCUCGAUAACAGUUGAACAUUAAAGGACAGAGUGGGGUGUCCACUAGGACCAGAAUUAAUCAGAAUAGUGAAGAGGUAAUUGAUCUGUAUGGCGGGAAGAACAAUUCAGGUGUUUGGGUUCCCACAUCUGAUAUCAGCGGAGGCGGCCAAAACAUGGAUUGAAAAACACACCACCAAAAGGGGCUGCGUUUAUGCCCUCGAGGUGAAGAUGUUCAAAGGAGCUUCAAGAGCCUACGCCAUUGUGCAAUUCAGCUCCAAUGAAAGCUCAGAAGAAAUCAUAAAUUUGGCCAAACAGCACAAGUUGUAUUAUCGUACAUCCUUCUUGACUGCUAAGGAGCUGGUAGGCACCCACAUUAUGGAACCUAAAUCUUAUGCCCAUGAAAUGGAGAAAGUUGCUGUCUGCUUUGGGUGUCAAACCCGUAGGGAUGGGUUCCACGUGCUCUGGAGAAAGCGGAAUGUCUCUGUGAAAUUCGGAGUUGGAUUCAAGUAUGUGUUCUUGCUACUCUUUCACGGCUCCACACAGUACAAGCUUCAGCUUUCUCGUCAAGGCAUUUCGAGAAUCACGCAAUAUUAUCCACAAGUUGAUCAGAAUGCAAAGUUUCUAGUCAUUCAGAUGUUUUCUGCUCCACGGAUCUAUAAGAAAACUGAAGAAUCCAUUUAUACCUUUUUUAAAGAAAAUCCUGAUGAUCAUUGGGUGAGAACAACAGAUUUCACACAAAAUUGUAUCAUUGGCCAUUCUUCUGCCUUGUGUUUGAAUCUUCAUUUGGAUGUCGAGUUACCAAAUUUGUGUGAUGAUUUUGCGUAUGAUAACCAAAUUUUAACUCAUUUCACUAUGGAUUAUGGUUCCUCAUUCUCUUCUAAUUCAGUUAUUGUUCCAAUUUUUCAUCCUCCAUUGGGAAUCGAGCUACCAUUCAAGUUACAUUUCAAGAUUUGCUCUUUGGUUCAACAUGGAUGCCUUCCAGGUCCAUCACUAAAUGAUGAGUUUUUUGCCUUAGUCGAUCCAGGAAAAGUGGAUAUCAAUUUAAUAGAAUAUGCAUUGGAAAAAAUGUACCGAUUAAAGGAGUGUUGCUAUGAUCCCGUGAAGUGGCUGACUGAGCAAUAUCGCUGCAAGUUUAAACAUAUGAUCAAAUCCAAUGUGAUCAAGCUGGAUGAAGGCCUUAUGUAUGUACGAAGAGUUAUUGUUACACCAAUGAGGGUAUACUUCUGCGGGCCUGAUGCAAUUUUAUCUAAUCGCGUAUUGCGCCAUUAUUGUGAGGAUAUUGACAAUUUUGUUCGUGUUUCUUUCAUGGAUGAGGAUUGGGAGAGAAUGCAUUCGGUAGAUUUAUCUCCUUCUCCACCUACUAAUAAUGGUGUGGUGGUGAGGACAGAUAUAUUCAACAGGAUAAUGAAAAUACUCGAAAAUGGCAUUGUUAUUGGGGACAAAGCAUUUGAGUUUCUUGCAUUCUCAUCAAGCCAGCUGAGAGAAAGUUCUCUCUGGAUGUUUGCAUCUAGACCCGGACUUUCUGCUACCGAUAUAAGAUCUUGGAUGGGAGAUUUUAAAAAGAUUAAGAAUGUGGCCAAAUAUGCAGCGAGGCUUGGUCAAUCUUUUGGUUCAUCUAGAGAAACUUUUGUUGUUGGUAAAGAUGAGAUUCAAAUGAUUCCAGACAUAGAGAUACACAAGGAAGGAAAAAAUUAUACAUUCUCUGAUGGGAUAGGGAAAAUCUCAGCUGAUUUUGCUCAAAAGGUUGCUAUAAAAUGCGGCCUUAUGAAACAUCCCUCCGCUUUCCAAAUCCGGUACGGCGGAUUUAAGGGAGUUGUGUCUGUUGACCCUUCGUCCUCAAAGAAAUUAUCCUUAAGAAAAAGUAUGUUGAAGUUUGAAUCGGAGAACAUCAAGCUGGAUAUUCUAGCUUGGAGCAGAUAUCAGCCCUGCUAUCUAAAUCGCCAAAUUAUCACUCUUUUAUCUAGUCUCGGUAUUCACGACCACGUGUUUGAGAAGAAGCAGAGGAAAGUAGUUGGUCUGAUGGACAAGAUGCUCAUUGAUCCAAACAUGGCACAAAAAAUUCUAAAAUUGAUGCCAUCAGGAGAAAACACCAAACUUCUAAUAGCGAUGCUUAAUUGUGGCUAUAAACCUCACAUAGAGCCAUUUCUUUCUAUGAUGUUGCAAACAAUAAAAGCAUCAAUGGUUGAGGAUUUGAGGACAAGAACAAGAAUAUUGAUACCUAAUGGUAGAUCAAUGAUGGGAUGCAUGGACGAAACUAGGACUCUUGAAUAUGGUCAAGUAUUUAUUAAGUUUUCUGUUGUUGAUCGUGGACAUUAUUCACAACUCAAUGAAUAUGGCAACAUUUUAGUGGGAAAAGUCGUUGUUGCAAAGAAUCCGUGCUUGCAUCCCGGUGAUGUUCGUAUACUACAAGCGAUUGAUGUUCCUGUUUUGCACCAUAUGGUGGACUGCAUAGUCUUCCCCCAACAAGGAGAUAGACCUCAUCCAAAUGAAUGUUCUGGAAGUGAUCUGGAUGGAGAUUUUUAUUAUGUUUGUUGGGACAAUGACCUUAUUCCAAGAUCCAUGGUACCACCAAUGGAUUAUACUCCUUCUGCCACUCAACUCCAAUGUGAUGUUACCAUUGAGGAUAUUCGGAAGUACUUUGUAGAGUACAUUAUGAAUGAUACUUUAGGUAUGAUCUCAAAUGCCCAUGUUGUGGUUGCUGAUAGAGAACCAACCAUGGCAAUGAGUGAGCCGUGCAUGCAACUUGCCCACCUCUUCUCCAUUGCAGUUGACUUCCCAAAGACCGGAGUCCCCGCUGAGAUGCCACCAAACUUACGCAUCAAGAAGUACCCCGACUUCAUGCAGAAGCUUGACAAACCCUCCUACAAAUCAACCCGAAUCAUCGGCAAGCUUUUUCGGCAAGUCCAAUCCAUCCCCCGGAGUUCUGCCGCUCCUUUCACAAAAGAAAGAGCUAAGAAAUUGUACGAUAUGGACAUGGAAGUGGAUGGAUUUGAGGAUCACAUUUGCGAAGCUCUUGAGCACAAGAAAUUGUAUGACUACAAGCUUGGUAGUUUGAUGGAUUACUAUGACAUAAAAACUGAAGCUGAAAUAGUAAGUGGUCGGAUCACCAAUCCGACCACGAGGUUGUUUGAUCGCCGAAGAGAUUCUGAGGCUGUGAUCUUAGCCUAUAGGUCAUUGAGAAAGGAGGCGAGGUCAUGGUUUGAGAAAGGGAGGAGCAGUGAAUGUUCUGAUGAUUUAAAGGCGAAAGCUUCGGCUUGGUAUCAUGUCACUUAUCACCACACUUAUUGGGGUUGCUAUGAAGAGGAUGAAAUGAGACGUGAACAUUUUAUUAGCUUCCCAUGGUGCAUCUAUGAGGAGCUGAUUCAAAUUAAAAAGGACAUAUCUAAGACAUUAUGGGGUGCUCAAUUUUCUUCACUCGAAUGGACAUGUAAUAUCUGCUAAUUAUAUUCGAAUUUCACGAUGAAUGUAAAUAUGAUCUGAAUGUAAAUAAUGAAAUAACUACAGCAAAGGACACCCGGUCGGAUAUCUGACCCAACAACCUCACAACCCCGAUAAAAGUUCCUCCUUCCUUCCCAUGUUUGAUAUCCAUUUAUCCCAUAUAAUUAAGCUUAGUUUAGAUUAGUAUUGUUAUUACAUUUUCU